AUGUUUUCGGAGGUGAGAUCUAUUCACAAUAAUUUUAGCUCACUACAUGAACAACCACGAUGGAAUUAUAUGACACCAUCGAAUGAACGAAUGGAUCGUUUUAAACAACUUGUCAAGCGUUAUGAGAUCAAUAAGGAUUAUGCUACAUGUUUAGGAGGUCUGGAAGCCUUCGAAAUUGUUUUUAUUGUGGAUGAUUCUGGAUCGAUGAACACUCCAAUUGGCGCUGUAACUUCUCCUUUUGAUGCAAAAGAAACUAGGUGGGAUGAAGUGAAGCGAAUCGUUUCAAUUGUUGUGGAUGUUGCAGCAGCCCUAGAUCCAGAUGGUGUUGAUGUUUAUUUUUUAAAUCGAGCACCAAUUUUGCAUGUCAGAGAUUCGUCAGAACUUCAGCCUAUAUUUGCUGUUCUACCUGAAGGACCGACUCCAAUUGCUCAAGUAUUGCGACAAGUUUUAAGAGAGAAGGAGAUCCAGAUACAAGAACGAAAACUAUUAGUUUUGAUUGCAAUAGACGGAGAACCAACAGAUAAUGAUGGACGAGUUGAUAUUCAAAAUUUGGAACAAGUUCUUCGAAAAGAACGAAAUCCCAUUGCUCAUAUUCCUGUUACAUUUAUUGCUUGUACAGAUGACGAUUAUUCUAUCGGCUACCUUAACACCUGGGAUGAAACAAUUGAUUAUGUUGAUGUUGUGGAUGAUUAUCGAACGGAAAAGAAGCAAAUUCUAAGAAUACAGGGCCCAACGUUUCCAUUCAGUUUUGGCGAUUACAUUGUCAAAAUUCUGUUGGGUAGUAUUAAUGAAUGGUUCGACGAACUGGAUGAGAGAAAAGUUGAUGUACGUGGACCAUCUCGUUUUGAAGCUUCGGCUCAAGUACCAGCUAGAGGUGAGUUUCUCACAUACAAACAGCUACAACAAGAUUCAAAUGAACCGCUGUUAGCUCAAAACGUUGGCAAUACAACAAUGGAUCAAACAACGCCUGACAAGGUGAUUAUGGCUGAAAAAGAUGCAACAUUAAAUCAGUUGAUGCUUGUUCCGACGGGUUCGUCAUUUCAGAUCGUAUGCCUGGAUCUUCGUUCAGAAAUUGGCGCAACGAAUAUCAAAAAGGAAUUUGAGGAACUCGGAGCAUUUGUAUAUUUUCAUUCUGAACAUCAGUUACUAGAGUUUCUACACCUGAAUGAUAUCACCUACACGUUUAUGAUUCUUAUCGGAAAUACAUAUGAUACUGAUAAUCUAAACCGACUGAAAGUGUUCUACAUGCGUAAGACAAAGAAUAUUUAUGUGCUGUUAUCAUCGGAUAUUCCAUCGCAAAUAGUCGAUUUACGUUUCCGUCUUGGUAAUGAUAUUGCUUGUCAUCUAACUGAAAAAGGACACAAGUUAUCAUCAUCUACAUGUGUUCGCAAACAGAUUUAUCAAGAUCAGUCAAAAAUAUAUCGUACUCUCAUCAAUAGUAUAGAUUAUCUCAUCAAUGGCGUUAAAUCAGUAUAG